GUCCGGAGCCAUUAGUGGCGGAGCUGCACGGUACGUACAUGUAGCGGCGGGAAGGGGCCCGGCGGGAGGCGGAGGGACCGGGGGAGCGCGACCGUUUGCCAUGUUAUAGAGCUGACGCCAGACGCCCAUAUGUCUGAGGUAUACUCACGGAGACGGCGCACCAACACCAGACUGUCUCAGCGCUUGAAGCAGGACUCCUCCAGCAUGCUGGACUCCGACACCUCCUCUGCAGAGACGCCUCCCCUUAGUAACAAUGCAUCAGCUUCUCCAAAGGUGGACCCCAAACUGGCGCUCAAGGAAGAACCCGUUGACCCGGCAGCUGCGCCCAACAUCCUUGUUAGCGUCUGUUCCUUGCCGGCCCCUUCCACCUCGCAGUCUAUGCUAAUGCAGGUCAGGGAAAGCACAGCGUUGCAAGGGCCCAUCCCCUUCCCCGGCCGAAAGCGCAAGGCCAACUUCUCCAACGAGGAGACGGAAACCUUAGUGAAAUAUGUGGUUAAACAUUUCAGCGCUCUGUACGGUUCUGAGGCGCUGAGAACGGAAUCAACCCGCAGGAACCAAAGGAGGAGCCAGCUGUGGAGCCAGAUCCAGACAAGUGUAAACGAAUUGGGCUACACCCCUCGCACCAUCGACGAUCUCAAACACAAAUGGAGGGACCUGCGGCUCGAUGUGAAAAGGAAGAUCACCCAUCGACGGACGUCAGGCAAGGCGUCUCCGGCUCCCACAGUCACCCCUAUUAUAGAUACCAAGCUUACACCAUUGGAGGAUCUGGUGGCCUCCACCAUAGGACACCAUUGUUCAUUGGACGGAGAGCAGGAGGGAAUGUUCAUGGAGCCAGGGGUUCCCAGACAGUCCAUCUUCUUAACAUGCAGAGGCCCCCCCUCCGGUGUCUCCGAGCUGUGUAACGAUACACUAUCUAGCACAGCGAGCCCCAGGCCUCCUGCAGAGAUCUCCCUAGUGGCCCCGCUGGUCAGUGCCUCCCCUGCCCAUGUCUCCUUCAUUCCUGUGACAGAAAAUGGAGACUUGAAUGAACUGGAUGCCACCCAGAGAGUUACCAUCAAGCCCUUCACAGAAGCGUGGACGACCGUUAGUGAGAUCUGCACCCUGGUCACAAAUCCGACACCUCUAGCUCCCCAAACCGACCUGGUCCUGAAGAACCAGAAACCAGCGACCCAAAAGCCCGAGAUGCUCAAGAUCAAACAAGAGCAAAUGCCGCUGCAAAAUGACUUGGAUUCGGUUCGCUGCGACUCCCAGGGAUCUAUUGGCUCAUCCCCCGAGGGUUCUAUUGGCCCUGUGACUGGGCACAACGAAUGGACUUCAAGUGUCAACGGAGACAACGAGGUGUCGGCAGUCACGGUGGAAUCGGACACACUCCAGCUGAAAAUAGAGGACGAUGGGGACAGUCAGAUGGAAGAAGACACUGGCUCCCAGGGAAACCAAGAGGUUUGGGAAAGGCAGUCGGUGUCCCCCCAGCACAGUGACAAUGCACAGGACUCCAUCCCGCCAUCCUCCUCCUCUCAGGAGGGGGAACCCUCAUCCGGGGGCGACAUUGUCACGAACGGGGACGACUGCUGCCUGGAGGAUGAUGGCAAGGAGGUGCUGCAGAGCAGAAUGCAUCGACUGCUGGAACUGGAGGAGCACUGGGACCGGCUCUACCAGCGGGAAUUGGGGAUGUGGGAGGAGGAGAGAAUCCGGCAGCAGCAGCAGCGGGACCAGGACCAGAAACUGCAGCUGCAACUCAUGGGCAUCCUCAGCGACAUUCGGGAUGAACUGCGCCUCAUUAGGGAGGACCGAGCAGCUGCCCGAGAAGCCCUCCUUAACUCCCAAGCAAAUGGCUCUGCUGUCCUAUCCGCUGCUCCCACGGAGCAGCCGCCCCCCGCCCCAAGCACCGUAUCCAGUGCUCCGGAGCAGCCCACCCCAAGCACCCCCAGUAAGAACCCCAAGAAACCCAGCACUACUGAUGCUUCCCCAGCCCUGGCCAGUCCGCAGCCUCGGCGCAGAGGGCGCCCCCGUCUGGUUAGGCCAAACGCAGACCAAGCCAGCAAGAGCUGAACCCCGUACUAUGAAUUAGCCGGAAUUAAUUAGGGGUGCUCAGUUCUAGGAGCAACCAACCUGGUGCGCUGGCAGGACUCUCUCGCCCCACCCCGGGGCAAGGUAGGUCGUUGGCAAGCCAUAGAGACAGCUGAAAGCUUUAUAUGGAAAGAAGGAUAAAUAGGGGUUAUUUGCUUCUACAUAGAUUUCUCCUUUUAUUGCCGUUAUGAAAUGUGACUGCUGGAAAUGGAUGCUAGACAUCGUCAUAUGAAUUUCAUACCCGCUAUUUGUUGCUCCGCCCCCCAAUACUUUUUACUCAUUUACCCUGACAUAACUGCAGUGCAGCAGGGAGGCUCCAUGAAAUGCCCCUGCCCCCCAGCUGCUCCCUUUCUAUACACUGGAGAGACGAGCCCCCCCAACUUUGCUUUCUGUCCUGUAACCUCAUCUGUUUUACUGCUCAGCCGACAAAGGACACAGCGAAGGGGGCACCGAUCAGGCCGAAUAUAUAUAUAUAUUUUAUAGUUUCUUUUUGCACAUUGUUCCCUUAGAAGGAGCGGCCAGUAGAAUGGAUCUGCCCCGGGAUGCUCAUGUAGGGGUAAGUGAUAUAGGGCUGAAGGGAGGGCGUUACUGAUGAAUUAUUUUGCAUUAUGCCGACCAACGCCUCUCUGCCGACCCUGUUCUGGACCUUUUAAAUCUUUCCAUGCAAUAAAAGAUUUGGUUGUUUUUUUUUA